CCCGAGCUGAAUGCAGGUGGAGCAGUCGGCAUAUCCUGGUAAAUGGUCUGAACUUAUUCAUGAGAGCCUUUCAUUCUCAAGCCUGUUUCUAGGCUGGCGAUGCAUCUUCAAGGCUGAGAUCUUCAGACCAAUACGAAUCCCUUCAUUGUAUCAUGCAACAUCAACCACCACAAUGGAUUUGGGCUCAAUACAAGCAAACUUUCCUUCCAUGUCGAGCAAUUUAGAUCUGAAAUCUGCAAAGUUUAGAGAAAAUUCGACCAAAUGGAACGAUAUCAUUGCCAAGUACCACAGCGCUUCGGAGGCCGCGUCCCAAGAAGGCAGAAAUGCAAAAGCCAUCGAGAAACACACUUCAAGACAGAUUCUAGCAAGAGAUAGGGUUGCUCUUCUCCGAGACCCAGACACCCCAUUUUUGGAACUGUGUGCCUUUGCAGGUCAUGAUCUUCCGGACUCUUCCCCAUCUGCCAGUCUGAUAGCAGGCAUUGGAGUUGUGAAUGGUAUAAUUUGUAUGAUCCUAGCACACAUACUAUCUAUCCAAGGAGGGUCUUGGAAUGAAUUUACUGUUUUGAAGCAAAACCGAAUCACUGCUAUUGCAUCCGAAAACCGGCUACCUUUGAUAGCGCUUGUACAAUCUGCCGGUGUUUUCCUUCCCCAACAGUUUCGAGUUUUCCACAAAAGCGGGCAGAUAUUUCGAGACCUCGCUCUACGAACGAAGAAUGGCUUGCCUAGUUGUGCCGUCGUUUUCGGUUCUUCAACCGCAGGCGGCGCAUACCAUCCAGCUCUGUCAGAUUAUACAAUAUUCGUACAAGAUCAAGCACAAGUCUUUCUGGGAGGACCACCAUUGGUGAAAAUGGCCACCGGUGAGGUUGUAGAUGCCGAGACGCUGGGAGGGGCAACGAUGCACUCGACAGUUACUGGGCUCUCAGAUCAACUUGCAGGUGAUGAACUUGAUGCAAUAAGAAAAGCCCGCGAGUGGGUCCUGACCACAUCGAGUGCACAGAAACAGUUGAACAGACCUUUAAUUACAGCUCCAUAUGCAGAGGUUAAAUAUAACCCAGAGGAACUUUUAGGCCUCGUGGAUCCCGAUAUUCGACAACCCAUGGAUAUGAUGGAAAUUAUUCUUCGCAUUGUGGAUGGCGCGCAGAUUUCUCAAUUCAAACCACGGUUUGGGAAGGGUAUGCUCACUAUUUGGGCACGAAUUCAUGGGCAUCUCACUGGUAUCAUCGCAAAUCAAAAUCCUGUCAUCCUCUGUAACGAAGCAGACAAGUCAACCCAAUUCAUUCGCCUCUGCAAUCAAAAUCGAACUCCUAUCGUGUUUCUACAUAAUGUCACCGGCUUCAUGGUGGGUCUCAAGACUGAGACUGCCGGACUUAUCAAGAAAGGCGCACAAUUUGUGAGCGCGGUAAGUACAAGUACAGUUCCAAAUAUCAGCAUCGUGUGCGGCGCUUCAUAUGGGGCUGGAAACUAUGCGAUGUGCGGAAGGUCGUAUGCCCCUCGCUUUCUGUUCUCCUGGCCGAACAGUCGAUGUUCAGUGAUGGGUCCUGAUCAAUUGAGUGGAGUGAUGGAGAACAUUGCUCGUGGAGCAGCAACAAGAUCAAAGAAAGCUGUCGAUGAAGGAGAACUGAAGGCUUCGACAAAGCGACUCAGUGAGCAAGUGUUGAAGGAUUCGGAAGUGUACAAGACCUCAGCGUACCUCCUAGAUGAUGGAGUCAUUGAUCCGAGAGACACUAGGCAUGUGCUAGGCAUGACCCUUGAAGUCGUUACACUGGAUCCUGUUCGUGGCAAUGUUGGUUUUAAAGGUCUGGCUAGAAUGUAAAAGAGCAUUGUGUUGAGGUUGAGAGUGCUGCAUGCGUUGCUGUUCUCGUCAUGCUUAGAAGCUAUAGAAUACGUACUACCGUGGGGAUAGAGCCGAACAAUCACGAUUCUGAAGAAAGAUAAUAGAAUGAGCAGUAAUCUAGAUACAAUCCCUCCAAG